AGGUGCCUGGACUCCACGUAGUCUGUGGCAGCUGCCGAGCAGUGAGUAUCUCCCAACAAAGGAACGCGCAGCUUCGGGGUCAGAGGCUGGGGUUUGCGCACAGCUGCCAGUCUUGCUGAGCUAGUCUCCGCGCCACCUAGGCGAGCGUUGGGAUGUAGGGAUUCGGAGAGGAGGGGGAAAGAGAACACGGUGUGAGAUUCCUGCUGCGCGGCUACGCAUCAGGAGUUCUUGUGAACGAUGGGAAUGGCAACUCUCAGAGCCAAGGGGAGGAAAAAGAGCUGGAGUGAGCAAAACAAAGAGCGAGUGUGGGCCGCGGUGACUUCAUGCCUCACCAAUGUCCCGCCCACGCUGCUCCGAGCUGUUGCUGCAGCCCGAGCCUCCGCGGCAAGGAACUCUGUAGCGUGGGGCGGUUUCCUAGCAACUCGCAGCCCGAACGCGCCUAGCUAGCCGCACUUUGGGAGCCCCAACCCUCCCUCCCCACCCCAGCGGGGCUGGGGCAGGACCAUUCCUCCCCCGCCCCUCGCCAGCCUCGCCUCCUUCUCAUCCUCUCCGGGGUGCAUCCCAGAGCGCGACAGCUGUCCCGGCUCUGGACGGCGGGACGCCUGAGCAGCACACUGGAGCCAAAAGGACGAGGGCACGAAGCACUCGCCCCCGUGAAGCCAGGCUCCUGCACCCCUGGGGGACCUCUCCUUCUGCGCUCGCGGCCGUGCGCUCCACUCCUGGUCAAGCAGGGAGCUGCGAUGCCUCACUCGGUGUCCGCGGGCGCCGGCGGGGGCUUCUAGGGCGCUCCGGGGCCGCCUCCCCCUGCUGCUGGCACAUCAAGCUUCCUCCCUCGCCAACCAGGACGCUGCCUCUUCGACUUUGCUCGCUGCUCAGCUGACGAGGCUGCAAAGUUGCAAUUAAGUGAAGUUGGCUUCCCUGCCCACCUGUGGAAGAAGCUCGACCUCAUUGAUGCGCCAUCGACUUUUUCCCCUUCGGCCUCGCCAGCGUCCCCUCCCACAGAGGCAGCAUCACCCACUGAAUGUACAUUAGGCUGGUUUUUCCCCCCAGCUUCGGGCUUUGUUUGGGUUUGAUUGUGUUUGGCUCUUCGCUAAGCUGAUUUAUGCAGCAGAAGCCCCAUCGGCUGGAGAGAGACAAAAGCUCUUUUCUUUGUCCCAGAGCAGGCUGCGGAGCCUUUGCUCGCGUCGCCGCCCCGGGCCUUUGCCCGUCAGAGGAGGCGCUUCUCGCGGAGAUCGCGGGACCGGCCGUGCGGAGCUGGGAGGGCCGCGGGGGCCCUGAAAUGCCGAGCUGUGCCCAGGCCGCCGUACCUGCAUCGUUUGCUCCGAGCCGCGGGGUCCGCCUGCCGGGCCUGCUGGAAACAUCCUAGCAACACUUGGCACUUCGCGCCCGGGAGCGCGAGCGCGCAUCCGGUUAGCAGCCAGGCGGCGGGCGCGGUGCAGUGCGGGCUGCUUUGCAUUAUGUGCCGCUCGGCCCUGGCUUUUUUUACUGCCACAUUAGUCUGCCUGCAAAACUGCAGGCCAGGUCCUGCCCCAUUCCUCCGGGCGGCCUGGGUGUUUUCAGUUGUUCUUGGACUGGGCCAAAGUGAAGACAAUAGAUGUGCAUCUUCGAAUGCAGUGUCCUGCACCAAGUGCCUUGCGCUGGGUCCGGAAUGUGGAUGGUGUGCUCAAGAGGAUUUCAUUUCAGGUGGAUCAAAGAAUGAACGUUGUGAUAUUGUUUCCAAUUUAAUAAACAAAGGCUGCUCAAUUGAUUUGAUAGAAUACCCAUCUGUGCAUGUAACACCAAGUGAAAAUGAAAUCAAUACCCAGGUGACACCAGGAGAAGUGCUGAUUCAGCUACGUCAAGGAGCUGAAGCUAAUUUUAUGCUGAAAAUUCAUCCUCUGAAGAAAUAUCCUGUGGAUCUUUAUUAUCUGGUUGAUGUCUCAGCAUCAAUGCACAAUAAUAUUGAAAAAUUAAAUUCAGUUGGAAAUGAUUUAUCUAGAAAAAUGGCAUUUUUCUCCCAUGACUUCCGCCUUGGAUUUGGCUCAUACGUUGAUAAAACAGUUUCACCAUACAUUAGUAUCCAUCCAGAAAGAAUUCAUAAUCAAUGCAGUGACUACAACUUAGACUGUAUGCCUCCCCAUGGGUAUAUCCAUGUGCUGUCUUUGACGGAAAACAUCACUGAGUUUGAAAAAGCAGUUCACAGACAGAAGAUCUCUGGAAAUAUAGAUACACCUGAAGGAGGUUUUGAUGCUAUGCUUCAGGCAGCUGUCUGUGAGAGUCACAUUGGAUGGCGAAAAGAAGCUAAAAGGUUGCUGCUGGUGAUGACAGAUCAGACAUCUCAUCUUGCUCUAGAUAGCAAAUUGGCAGGCAUAGUGGUGCCAAAUGACGGAAACUGCCAUCUGAAAAACAACGUCUACGUCAGAUCAACGAGCAUGGAACAUCCCUCGUUAGGCCAACUUUCAGAAAAGUUAAUAGACAACAACAUUAAUGUCAUAUUUGCAGUUCAAGGAAAACAGUUUCACUGGUAUAAGGAUCUUCUACCCCUGUUGCCUGGCACCAUUGCUGGUGAAAUAGAAUCAAAGGCUGCAAACCUCAAUAAUCUGGUUGUAGAAGCCUAUAAGAAACUCAUUUCAGAAGUUAAAGUUCAGGUGGAAAACCAGAUAAAAGGCAUCUAUUUUAACAUUACUGCCAUCUGUCCAGAUGGGAGCAGAAAGCCAGGCACAGACGGAUGCGGAAAUGUGACAAGCAAUGACGAAGUUCUUUUCAAUGUAACAGUUACAAUGGAAAAAUGUGAUGUCAUGGAAGGAAAGAGCUAUGCAAUAAUCAAACCUAUUGGUUUCAAUGAAACCACUAAAAUUCAUAUACAUAGAAACUGCAGCUGUCGGUGUGAUGACAGCAGAGGACCUAAAAGAAAGUGUAUAGAAGAAACUUUUCUAGAUGCCAAGUGCUUCCAGUGUGAUGAGAAUAAAUGUCAUUUUGAUGAAGAUCAAUUUCCUUCUGAAAGUUGCAAGUCACACAAGGAUCAACCGGCUUGCAGCAGUAGAGGAGUUUGUAUUUGUGGGAAAUGUUUAUGUCACAAAAUUAAGCUUGGAAAAGUGUAUGGAAAAUACUGUGAAAAAGAUGACUUUUCUUGUCCAUAUCACCAUGGAAAUCUGUGUGCUGGGCAUGGAGAGUGUGAGGCAGGCAAAUGCCAGUGCUUCAGGGGCUGGGAAGGGGAUCGGUGCCAGUGCCCAUCAGCAUCUGCCCAGCACUGUGUCAGUCCAAAAGGCCAAGUGUGUAGUGGAAGAGGCACAUGUGUAUGUGGCAGGUGUGAGUGCACCGAUCCCAGGAGCAUCGGCCGCUUCUGUGAACAUUGUCCCACAUGUCACACAGCCUGCAAUGAAAACUGGAAUUGUGUGCAAUGCCUUCACCCUCACAAUCUGUCUCAAGCUAUACUUGAUCGGUGUAAAACCUCAUGUACUCUCAAGGAACAGCAUUAUGUGGACCAAACAUCAGAAUGUUUCUCUAGCCCAAGCUACUUGAGGAUAUUUUUCAUCAUCUUCAUAGUUACAUUCUUGAUUGGGUUGCUUAAAGUCCUUAUUAUUAGACAGGUGAUACUACAAUGGAAUAGUAAUAAAAUUAAGUCCUCGGCAGAUUACAGGGUGUCAGCCUCAAAAAAGGACAAGUUGAUUCUGCAAGGCGUUUGCACAAGAGCAGUAACCUACCGACGUGAGAAACCUGAAGAAAUAAAAAUGGACAUUAGCAAAUUAAACACUCAUGAAACUUUCAGGUGCAACUUCUAAAAAGAUAAAAAAGUACUUUAUGGGAAACUGGAUUUUUAAUGAUCGCUCCUAAAAAUUAUUAUUAUAAAAUAAUAAUUUUAUAAGUCACAGGAGGAGAUAAAUUUUCUAGAUCAUGCCAGUUGCUGGUUGUCCACUCGAAUGAAGACUGACAAGCAUCCUCAUCAUCAUGUGACUCACACUGCUGCUGAAUUCUUCAGAGAAAAAUGUGUCUUACUACUGUUUGAUACUAGUAUCAUUGUAGCACUUUACUGUAAUAUAUAACUUAUUUAGAUCAGCAUAGAAUGUAGAUCAUCUGAAGAGCACUGAUUACACUUUACAGAUACCCGCCAUUUCUACACUUCCCAGAGAGACAAUGCUGUGAGACAGUUUUGGCAUUGUGUCACUACAAGGGUACAGUAAUCCCUGCACCAAACAUGCAGAUGAAAAAAUAAUACGGCAGUUAUACUAAUGUUGCCAAACACUUUAACAAUUGGCAGUGAAUAGACAAGAACAGAUAGAUGAGUAGAUGAUUAGUGUUUCACUCAUUCAAGAGAUGAACAGAUAAAACCUUAAUCUUGAGGGAUAUUGCUUUUGAAACUAGUUUCAUGCAUGUGUGUUUGUUUUCUUCUUUUACAAGAUGGAUAUUAAUUCUAACAUUCUUUCCUCUUCGCCUUUAUAUUUUGGUUUUCUUUCUUACAGGAUAAGUUUAUAUAAUGUCACAGAUGACUGGAUUAAAUAAGUGCUAAGUUACUACUGCCAUAAAACCUAAUAAUAAUACAAUGUCACUUUAUUAGAAUACUUUUAAAAGCCGAACAUUUAAUAAGGGACACUUCAAGUAUCAUCAAAAUUUGAACAGCUUCGUUGUGUGCAGAUGUGGAGUUUUAUAUCUUCUUACCUGGUAAACUGGAUGGAUUAUUUCACCAUUUCAUUUGUCUAAUCAUCAGGUUGAAAUUCAUGAGAUAUUUAGAAACUCUGCAAAGUUUCUAAGCAAAGUGUCACACUUUUGAGUCUUCUCCAAUAUUUAUUCCAAGUAGAUAGUAGCAUUUUUCAAAUUAAAAGCUAAAUUAAGCUAUAUUAUUUUUGCCCUUCAAUGCAGUCUAAGGACAUUCUUUCUUUGAAUCACCUCAACCCUACUCACCAGAAUUCUAAAAGUACACAAUUGGAGGAGGAUAGACAAUAUCUUAGAAAUAAGCUAAUUCACUCUUGUACUUGGAGAACUGAGGCUCAGCAAGUUUAAAUGAUUUCUCAAAAACCCCUAAGUGACCAAGUGGCAACAUUCAAAGAGAACUAUUUUCUUAUUGCCAGGCCAGUGUUCAUUGAACAAUGUCAUACUACCUCUUGAAACUUUAAAAUAAUCAAUUGGCAAGUAUUUUUAGAUGUGAUUUACUGAAGUCUUAAGUAUAAGAAAAUUUCAAAACAAAGCAGAAAAAAGUAAUUCAAACAGAAUUGUCCAUGGUUGGCUUCCAGUCUAUCUGCUAAUCAGCUUCUAAGAGACUGCAAAAUAGCCUAACUAGGGGGAAGUCCAUUCACACCAUAGCCUGUGUGAACGGCGCCCCGUGGAGUUGUGCAGUGCUCCGUGCUCAGCCAGAGAGCUUGAUACAGACAGAGGCCAUGAACCUUUAUCCUCCCCAACAGGAACUUCAUCACAAUUACCAUAUCCUUAAAGACUUAUUCAGUCUGAUUUUAUUGGCUAGAAGUCCAACAGUCCUGUAUGCAGUACAGAGCUUUGCCUAUGACAACUAAGGAAUUUAUUUUAAAUUCCUUUAAAAUGUCUUCUUAUAAUCAGCUUCCCAGACUUUCUGUCUUCCAGCACUUGAGUUAAAGUGCCAGAUAUUUGCAUUUAGAUGAAGACUAAAUCCCACUCCAUAUUCUACCCUAAAGAGGAUUUAAAAACAUAAAAUAAGUUGUUCUGCAGCCAACAAACACAAUAACUCCAUCAGCUGUCCCCUGCAGCCAAGCAAUUAUGAUGCUAGGUUGAACUCUAUGUCUUUCCCCAAAUGAGAAAUCAGCAGCAUUGACAUAAUUCAGUACUGUGACUCACUUAUGUAAAAUACCUUUGAUCACCAAUGAUAAUGCAAAACUUCUUUUUGAAGCAUGCCUGUCACAGCAUCCUUUUUAAAAAAGAAAAUAAAUGGAUAUUUGACAGCCCCAAA